AUGCGAGCAUCCUGUCCUCGAGCCGCGCGUUGGGCAGCUCCCUUCCGCCCAUCAUGGAACCGAUCCCUACAACAUAACAGCCUCCGCCACGUCCGACACGAUGUCGCGAUUCCCGCCCACCCAUUUCCGCCGACGAAAGGGCACUGGCGAAGCUUCUCUUCGAAUAGACCUGCUCGCUUCAUACUAGAUGGAGACUCUACAAUCUACGCUCUAUCCACUGCUCCCGGCAGAGCAGCCAUUGCAGUCGUGCGCGUCUCCGGACCUUCCUGUGUAUCGAUAUAUAAUGCGCUCUGUCCCCAAGCACCGCUCCCGAAACCGCGCCUCGCAGCCCUCCGCACCCUCUACGAUCCACACCAGAUGCCAUCUGCGAACAGCGUCCUCGAUGCCGGCGCGCUAGUUCUCUACUUCUCCGCGCCAAAGACCGUGACUGGCGAAGAUGUACUCGAGUUCCACAUCCAUGGCGGCCCGGCCAUCGCCAAAGCGGUACUGGGAGCCAUCGCGCGAACAAACAACCCUGAUACCGUUGUUCGGUAUGCAGAACCAGGCGAGUUCACCCGCCGCGCAUUUAUGAACGACCGACUCGGUCUACCCCAGAUCGAAGCAUUGGGGGAUACACUAUCCGCCGAGACGGAGCAGCAACGCCGACUGGCCGUGCGGGGGUCGAGCGACGCAUUGCUGAAUCGAUACGAGUCCUGGCGCCAGCAGCUGUUGUAUGCGAGGGGAGAGCUGGAAGCCUUAAUUGAUUUCAGUGAGGACCAGCACUUUGACGAGUCGACUGAGGAACUGGUUGGAUCGGUUGCAGGACAGGUGCGCACGUUGCAGACGCAGAUUGCGUUCCAUAUACGCAAUGCCUCGAAGGGGGAGUUGCUGCGCAAUGGGAUCAAAGUUGCACUGUUGGGUGCGCCCAAUGCGGGGAAGAGUUCGUUGCUGAAUCAGGUUGUGGGGAAGGAAGCUGCGAUUGUUUCGACAGAGGAGGGGACUACGAGGGAUAUUGUGGAUGUGGGUGUUGACCUGGGCGGGUGGUUUUGUAAGCUUGGGGAUAUGGCUGGUAUUCGGGCUGAUACUCCUGGGCUUGGAGAGGGUGUUGUGAUUGGGGCCGUGGAGAAAGAAGGUAUUCGCAGGGCGAGGGCGAGAGCUUUGGAGUCGGACGUUGUCGUGGUGGUGGUCUCUGUGGAAAAGGAUUCAAAUGGUGCCAGUGUUCUUAUCGAACCGGAGGUGCUUGACGCAGUGAAUGACUGUCUGGACGCUGGGAAGUGUCUUGUUGUGGCCGUCAACAAAUGCGACAGACUCCCUGCUGCCCGGCGAACCGGCGUUCUCCCAGAGGCAAUAGCCAACAGGAUCCACGAAGUCUUCCCAGCAGUCCCGCUGGACCGGAUCUUCGCCAUCUCAUGUGAAGAAGCACAGCGUGGUGCAUCAUCUUUAACAGAAUUGGACCCGGGAAAUCUACAAGGAUUCCUCCGCGGCCUGAUCUCGACCUUUGAACAGAUUGCUUCACCCGAAGGCGACGAAAGCGGUCAAUAUGACACAUCUUAUUGGCAAGAUUCACUCGGCGUGACACAUCGCCAAAGCUCUAAUCUACAAAGAUGCCUCGACCAUCUCGAUGAUUUCCUGUCUCAAGCUUCUCCUGCUCAUCCUCCGCGCGAGAACUCUGGCGUCAACACCCUUGAGCUCGAGGUAGAUAUCGUGACCGCGGCGGAACAUCUGCGCUUCGCGGCAGAUAUGCUGGCGAAAAUCACUGGCAAGGGCGAGAGCGGUGAUGUUGAGGAUGUGCUGGGUGUUGUCUUUGAGAAGUAA